AAAUUAUUUUUUGUGUGAUAUAAAAAAAUAUUUGUGAUAUUUUUGGAAAGUUAAAAAAAAGUUAAAAAUAAAUUAAAAAUGGAAUCAAUUAACAAUACAAACAACAUCAACAUCGAAAUCGCAUCGAAGAAAAGCAAAAAGAAGCAAAAAAUCAUGAAAAUCUUGAAAAUUGCUUUGAAAAAAUUAUCUCAAAAACUCAUCAAGAAGAUCCACAUUGAACAAGAACAAGUUCGAUCAGAAGAAGUUGACAAUGACUUCAAUGAAAUGUUGGAGCGUCGCAUGGAGACACAACAAAAUUUAAUCAAUGAACAAAUUGUUGGAAAAAAAGAAGCUGAAACAAUUGGUUAUUGCUUUGUCGAAAAUGAACAUGGCAAAUUUUACUGGUCAUCAGAAAUCAACAGAUUCGUUACAGUCGAUUGUGAUUUAAUUGCCUCAAAUUUCUGCACAUCACAACGUCAACAACCACAAGUUCAGUGCUAUUAAAUUUGGAAUCAUGGCACAGCAACUCAACCAGUGAUAUUUAAAUGUGAAACUCAUUGUGAUAAAAAAUGAUUGAAACCAAUUGUGAUCUUCUUGAAAGCUUUAAAAAUUAAUUAAUAAGAUUAGAUUAGAAUGUCUUCCACUUAGAAUUAAUUAGAAUUACAUGUCU